AUGAAGCUUACUCUAUUUUCUACUUUCCUAUUCCUAACCGCUGGGUUGAGCAGCGCAGCAGUACCUCAAAAGGCAGUGAUUGUUUCAUAUCCUGACAAUACUCCAAAUGAUGUCGUACAAAAGGCUAUGGAUGCGAUCAGGGCUGCCGGAGGUGUUAUCACACAUGAAUAUAAACUUAUUAAAGGUUUCGCUGCCAAAGCUCCAGCUCAAGUCCUCGUUUCUGUUCAAACAUGGGGAAAUGAUUAUCAUGCUAUUAUCGAAGAGGACCAGGUUGUCACCGUUAACAAUUGA